GAUCAAAGAACAUAAAUGAUCAAAGACAUGGGUUUCGGGAGGAAGGUGGACGUCCCGGUCAGUGAUCUGUCUGUGAUCAGAGGGAUGUGGGAGGUCCGAGUGAAGAAUCACAGACAGAGACAGAAGAAGGAGCAGCAGAGGGUUGAGCAGAGCGCCCUCCCCAGGAUCAACCAGCAGUGGGAGUAUCGCAUCUACUGUAAGAGCCUGAAGCCCGAGGAACAGCAGCUGCUGCGUCAGUACCUGGAGAGAUCCACCCGGACCGGUACACAGGAGUACACAGGAUCAGACCAGCAGCAGGAUCUUCAGGGUGCAGAUGUUGAACUGAAGCUGCAGCUGGACGGGGACAGUUGGACGGAGUUCCCCUCGGAGCUGCGCUGGAGGACCUACCUGAGGGAGUGGCACGUCACGGGGACAAAGAUCUGCCGGUUCCCUGAGUUCCUGUCUCUGUUCACUCAGCUCGUCGUGCUCCAGAUCCCGAAGAACCUCAUCGACGAGCUGCCGGCGGAGAUCGGUGAGGAUUCAAACCCACGACGCUUUCAGGUCAUUCACGUGUUUUCUGUUUGUACGUGUGAGACGCUCCUCGGACAACUGACCGGGUUGAGGGAAUUGAACGUCAGCUACAACCGUCUGUCCAAAGUUCCUCCAGAGCUCGGGAACUGUGAAAACCUGGAGAGACUCGAACUUGCGGGAAACUACAACCUGUCGGAGCUGCCGUUUGAGCUGAGCAGCCUGAAGCGCCUGGUCCACCUGGACAUUGCACAGAACCGGUUUGUGUCCAUCCCCGUCUGCACUCUGAGGAUGAGCGGCCUGCAGCUGUUGGACCUGAGCCACAACGGCCUGAGUGACCUGCCGCAGGACAUGGACAGGCUGCAGCAGCUGGUCACUCUGUUCCUCCACAAGAACAAACUGUGGUACCUCCCCCACGGCCUCGCCAGCAUCAGCACGCUGAAGAUGAUCGUGGUCAGCGGCGAGCAGCUCACCUGCAUCCCCACCAGGCUGUGCAGCAACCCGGACAUCAAAUUCAUUCGACUUUGCGACAACCUGGCGAACGCAGAGAAGAAGAAAGAGGAGGAGAAAGAAAAGGGCAAGCGGAGGAGAGAACCAGGGAAGGAGGAGGUGAAGAAGGACGGCAGAGAGAAGGAGUUCAUCGAGGCGUACAUCAGCACACUGACGGACAGAGACACCGUCCCAUACUCCACCACCAAGGUGUCCAUCUCCUGCCUGCUGUGAGGAAGAGGAGGAGGACGAAGGCUUCACACCAUGUGACACUUUGAUUCUGUUAUAAAGUCAAAUGACUCAUGUUUAAAUCACAGCAAAUACAAAGUUUCUGAAUCAAGUCAUAAACUGCACAAGUCUAAAUGAAACUGUUUCUGAAAUAUAUAAAAAAAGUUCUGAGAUAUGAGAGAAAUCUGAUAUGUACAUUUUAAAAUCAGAACAUUGAGGUAUUUGUAUAUUUCAUUUGGUUUUUAAUUUUUGUUGUCAGGAAUCAGUUUUUUUAAUCUUUUUACGUUUGAUAUAAUGUUUUGUUUUGUAACUUUUCAUUCCAAAAACUGGAUUUUCAACAUUGAAACAAUUCAACUCAGACGAUAUUUUCAUUCGACGCUUUCACAAACGUUUUUUAAUCUCAUCUUUGACCCAUAUUGACCAUUUAUUAUCUGGGAUUUGAGAAACUUGUGACAGUCGGUUAAAAACUGGAUUCAUCAGUUCAAAGAGUAAAAAGCUCUGAAAGAUUUAAUAUUUAAACAGGAGUGAAUCUAGUUUAUCGU